AAGGUAUCGGUCCGCGGAGCUGGGGGAGGGGGGGGCGAAAGGAGAGACACAGACCGUGACACAGAGGGACACACGGACCGUGACAGAGACAGGAGCAGCCUCAGCGCCGUCAGCUCACGGACAGGCGGAGGGACAGACUCCAGCCGCCGCCGCCGCCGCCGCCUUCAACCGUCUCCAAUGGCGGCCUCCCCCCCGUCCCCUCCCCGGGCCUGAGGCCGGACCCGAGACCGGGGCCUGGGGCCUGGGGCCUGAGGCCGAGCCCGAGACCGGGGCCUGAGGCCGAGCCCGAGACCGGGGCCUGGGGCCUGAGGCCGAGCCCGGGCCUGGGGCCGAGCCCGGGCCUGGGGCCGAGACCGGGGCCUGAGGCCGAGCCCGAGCCCGAGCCCGGGGCCUGAGGCCAUCUACCCCCCCCCCUCCAGACCAACCACCCCCGGAGUGGGGGAAGGCCAUUCUGCCCCUCUCCCUGUUUCCUGGCCCACCCGCUGCUGGAGGGGAGGGCAGUCUGAGCAUUACCCCCAUUCCUGACCCUUGACCCCUCCCUCUCAUGACCCCCCCCAUCGUCCCAAUUCUCUGUUGACCCCCCCCAUCGUCCCAAUUCUCUGUUGACCCCCCCAUCGUCUCAAUUCUCUAUUGACCCCCCCAUCGUCCUAAUUCUCUGUUGACCCCCCCAUCGUCUCAAUUCUCUGUUGACCCCCCCAUCGUCUCAAUUCUCUGUUGACCCCCCAUCGUCCUAAUUCUCUAUUGACCCCCCCAUCGCUCCCUUGAAUCCUAACUCCCCCUCUUGACACCCAAGCUGUCCCCUUGAUCCUACUCCCUCAACCAAAUUUCCUUGACCCCCCCCCCCCCCCCUCGCUGCAGAGGGAGCUCCGUCUCUCCCUGACCUCGCCCUUCGACCAGGUUCCCCUCAUUUGCUUUUCCUUGUUGCUUUUGAGGCCUUUUUUCUUAAAGAAAACGGCACCAUCGACUUGCCCUUUCACCCUCUUUCUCCCCCCCCCUUAGACCUGGGGGAAACAGUGAGUGAUUGAGGUAAGGAGGGGGGGGGGGGAAGUGAUCGGGUUUCCCCCCCCUUACCGUCCUCCCCAAUCCCCAGCCCCUGGGGGUGGGCGGUUUGGCACCAGGGGAUUGAAGCUGUCGCCGCCGCCAGGACAAUGUCGGAGUACGAGGAGUUUGUGGCACCUCCUGAGUGCCCAGUCUUCGAGCCGAGCUGGGAGGAGUUUGCGGACCCUAUGGGCUACAUCGCCAAGAUCAGGCCCAUCGCGGAGAAGAGUGGUAUCUGCAAGAUCAGACCGCCGCUGGACUGGCAGCCCCCGUUUGCCGUUGAGGUGGAUAACUUCAAGUUCACUCCACGGAUCCAGCGCCUCAACGAGUUGGAGGCGCAGACCCGAGUGAAGUUAAACUUCCUGGAUCAGAUCGCCAAGUUCUGGGAGCUCCAGGGGUCCACAUUAAAAAUUCCCAACGUGGAGCGGCGUAUCUUAGACUUGUACAGUCUGAACAAGAUUGUCAUCGAGGAGGGAGGCUAUGAAGCCAUCUGUAGGGACCGGCGGUGGUCUAGGGUAGCCCAGCGGCUGGGCUAUCCACCUGGGAAGGGGAUCGGAUCCCUGCUGCGCUCUCACUACGAGAGGGUCAUCUAUCCUUUCGACACCUUCCAGUCCGGAGCCAGCCUAGCGUGCCAGCCUGGCCCACAGAUCGACAGUGAGGAAAAAGACCGUGAGUACAAGCCUCACAGUAUCCCUCUGCGGCAGUCAGUGCAGCCCUCCAAGAUGAACAGCUACGGCCGCAGAGCCAAGCGACUGCAGGCUGAGACGGAGCCCACAGAGGCAGACAUCGCCAAGAAUCCCGAACUGAAGAAGCUGCAGAUUUAUGGGGCCGGUCCGAAGAUGGUGGGACUGGGGUUAGUGGUGAAAGACCGGGCCAACAGGAAGAGAGAUAAAGACUGCCUGGACUGCCCUCCAACGCUGGUGGUGAAGGAGGAGAUGGUCCCGGACCCCAAGCUGCAAUAUACUCUGGAGCCGUGCCCACUGGUCAAGGAGGAGAAGGCAGCUCCCACCAGCUGUACCAAACGCGCCAUGAGGCUACGCAAGGGAGCCACCUCACCCCAGUUUGCUGAGUCCUACGUCUGUAUCAUCUGUUCCCGACACGUGGACCAAGAGAAGCUGGUGUUGUGUGAGGGCUGUGAGGACAGUUACCACACGUUCUGCCUUAUCCCGCCUCUCCCCGAGAUCCCGAAAGGAGAUUGGAGAUGUCCCAAGUGUGUGGUUGAGGAGUGUAAGAAACCAGCCGAGGCAUUUGGCUUUGAGCAGGCGACGAGAGAGUACACGCUGCAGAGUUUUGGGGAGAUGGCCGAUACCUUCAAAUCCGACUACUUCAACAUGCCUGUACAUAUGGUACCGACGGAGCUGGUGGAGAAGGAGUUCUGGCGGUUGGUCAGCAGUAUUGAGGAGGAUGUGACGGUGGAGUAUGGAGCUGACAUUCAUUCCAAGGAGUUCGGCAGCGGCUUCCCCAACAAAGGAGGCAAACGGCAGCUCGCCCCCGAGGAGGAGCAGUACACGGAGUGUGGCUGGAACCUCAAUGUGAUGCCUGUCCUGGACCAGUCAGUGCUGUGCCACAUCAAUGCGGACAUCUCGGGAAUGAAGGUGCCCUGGCUCUACGUGGGCAUGUGCUUUGCGGCCUUCUGUUGGCACAUCGAGGAUCAUUGGAGCUAUUCCAUUAACUACCUGCACUGGGGUGAGCCCAAGACCUGGUAUGGCGUCCCCUCGUAUGCAGCCGAGCAGCUGGAGGCGGUGAUGAAGAAGUUGACCCCGGAACUGUUUGAGAGCCAGCCCGACCUCCUGCACCAACUGGUCACCAUCAUGAACCCCAACAUCCUCAUGUCUCACGGUGUCCCGGUGGUCCGUACUAACCAGUGUGCCGGAGAGUUUGUGAUCACCUUCCCAAGGGCCUACCACAGUGGCUUCAACCAAGGCUACAACUUCGCUGAGGCAGUCAACUUCUGCACCGCUGACUGGCUCCCAGCUGGGCGUCGCUGUAUUGAACAUUACCGCUGGCUGAGGCGUUACUGCGUGUUCUCCCACGAGGAGCUGAUCUGUAAGAUGGCAGCGUGUGCAGAGAAGCUGGACCUCAACCUGGCAGCUGCUGUUCACAAGGAGAUGUUCAUCAUGGUCCAGGAGGAACGCAAACUCCGCAAGUCCCUGCUGGACAAGGGUAUCAGCGAGGCAGAGCGAGAAGCCUUUGAGCUCCUGCCUGACGAUGAGAGACAGUGCGACAAGUGUAAGACGACCUGUUUCCUGUCGGCACUGGCCUGUUACGACUGUCCAGAGAGGCUGGUGUGUCUGUACCACAUUGAUGAUCUAUGCAACUGCCCUCCCAACAGGCACUAUCUCAGGUAUCGGUACACCCUGGAUGAGCUGCCGGCCAUGCUGCACAAGCUGAAGAUCCGCGCAGAGUCCUUCGACACCUGGGGGAGCAAAGUCAAGACAGCGCUGGAGAUGGAAGGCCAGCAGAAGAAAACUCUGGACGACCUGAAGGCCCUGGUCACAGAGGCCAAAGAGAAGAAGUUUCCGGAGAACCGGCUCCUGCAGCAGCUGAAGGGCAGCAUCGAGGAGGUGGAGAAAUGUGUGGCCGAGGCUGUUCAGCUGGCUUCCACUCACAAAGGGGACAGGCCGCAGCAGGAAGGUGGGAAGUCUCCGGUGAAGCUGACCGUGGGUGAGCUGCGGUUCUUCAUUGAGCAGCUCCAGGGCCUGCCCUGUGUCAUCACUCAGAUCCAGGAGGUCCAGGAGCUGCUGGAGGACGUGGAGAAGUUCCAAACGCAGACCCAGGCUGCCCUGAAGGAACUUCCUGCCAACUCCCAGGAGUUCCGCCAGCUGAUCGAGCAGGGCCAGCGGUUCGCCGUGGAGCUCCCGGAGAUUGCCAAACUGCAGCACGAGGCGCAGCAGGCUGAGUGGCUGGACCAAGUGCGAGAGACUCUGGCUGCCUCUGGCCGGGUCACCCUGGAGCUGAUGAGGCCUCUGAUCGAGGCCGGCUCCAAACUCUCCUCGAACCCAGCCGUGGAGAAGGCAAUGGCAGAGCUGCAGGAACUGCUCACCAUCUCCGAGCGCUGGGAGGAGAAAGCGCAAAUCUGCCUGGAGGCCAGACAGAAGCAUGCCCCUGCCACCCUCGAGGCGAUCAUUAAGGAAGCAGAGAACAUCCCGGUCGAGCUGCCCAACAUCGUGGCCCUGAAGGGGGCGCUGUCCAAAGCCAGGGCCUGGAUUGCUGACGUUGAGGAAAUACAGAAUGGAGAUCACUAUCCCUGUCUGGAUGACCUGGAGGGACUGGUGGCAGUGGGCCGGGAUUUGCCAGUGAGGAUGGAAGAAUUACCUCACCUCGAGAGUCAAGUGACAACUGCCCAUUCCUGGAGAGAGAAGGCAGCGAAGACCUUUCUGAAGAAGAACUCCUGUUACACGCUGUUAGAGGUGCUGUGUCCCUGUGCUGAUGCUGGCUCUGAUACUGUCCGCAUGAACAAGUGGAGGAAAGCGAGGGAGUGCGUGUUGGAUAAAGCUGACACCGAUGGCCUUGGGCUCUCUGCUCAGGAUCUCCGGGACCCCGGAUCGAUAGUGAGGCCCUGCUGCUGCAGUCUGUCUUCUCCUUUCCAGGCCCCGGGCUGGGGGCCGCUGACUGGGCACUGGUCCCGGAUCGGGACAAAACCGCGGGAGGGACGGCCGCGGGGAACAACAGAGAGACCCGGCUGUACCGUCUCUGGGCUGGAAGGAGGCCGGGGUUUUGUCCCUCAGUCUCUCCCGCUGCCUGGUUCCUCGCUGGGGCAGGGUCCUCACCAUCUGCACCGGAGCCAGCUCUGA